AUGUCAGAGCUGCGCGAGUUCAUCACAAUCCUCCAAUCGUGCUCGAGAAGGCGAGAUCUCCCACAGGGCCAGCGCGUCCACGCGCAAAUCCUCGCCAGCGAUCGCCACCGCGGCGACCCUCUCCUCGCCAAUCUCCUCAUCCAGAUGUAUGGCAAAUGCCGCGCCCUGGACGAGGCGCGCGCCCUCUUCGAUUCCAUUGCUCGCCCCAACAUCUUCUCCUGGAACACCAUGAUCUCCGUCUACACCCACAACGGAUCCCUGGCCGCCGCCAAGGAGAUCUUCGAUCGAAUGGGCAAGCGCGACAUAAUCUCCUGGAACGCGAUGCUUGCAGCGUACGCCCAGCUGGGCGAUCUGCGCGACGCCCAAGACUGCUUCGAUCGCAUGCCGCGCUGGAACAUCGUGUCCUGGACAUCCAUCCUCCAGGCAUACGCGGCACAGGGAUCCAUCGACGACGCCAAGAACACCUUCGAUUCCAUGCCUGAGAGAAACAUCCUCUCCUGCUCAGUCAUGAUCACUGCGCUCGCCACCGCCGAUCUCCUCCACCUCGCCAAGACCCUCUUCGAUCGCGUCCCGGAGUGGAACACCGUCUCCUCCACCUCCAUGAUCCAGGCAUUCGCCGCCAGAGGCCUCUUCCACGAGGCUCGCCACAUCUUCGACCGCCUGCCACAGCAAGAUCUCGUAGCCUGGAACACGAUCAUCUCCGCCCAUGCCCAGCGCGGGGAUCUCCCAGGCGCGCAAGAGUUCUUCGAUCGCGCGCCCCAGCGCGACCUCUUCUCCUGGACAUCGAUGAUCGGCGCUUAUGCCCAGGCAGGCGCUCUUCCCGCCGCCACUCGCCUCUUCGAGGGCAUGCCCGAGACAGAUCUAGUGGCCUGGACUGCGAUGCUCCAAGCGAUCGUUGCCAGCGGAGAUCUCUCCCUCGCCAAGACCACCUUUUCACGAAUGCCGCUGCGCAACGUCGUCGCCUGGAACUCGAUCGUAGUUGCAUUUGCCGCGGCCGGGGAUCUUGCCUCGGCAGAGGCGACCUUCCAAUCCAUGCCCGAGCGAGACAUCGUUUCCUGGAACUCGAUCCUCAGCGCCUACUCCCAGACCGGGCAAAUCGAUGCCGCGAAGCAAGUCUUCCACGCAAUGCCCGUCCACAACCUCGUCUCCUGGAAUGCCGUGCUCGUAGCAGACGCCCAGAACGGGCAUCUUGACAGCGCUCUAGAGACCUUCCAAGCCAUGCCUGGGAGAGAUCUAAUCUCCUGGACGGCGAUGGUGGCGGCCUUUGCGAAAGGUGGCCGUCUCGACAAAGCCAUGGCCACCGCGAAUCAAAUGCCUGGGCGGGACACCGUCUCCUGGAACGCUCUCAUCACCAUGCUCAGCCACUAUGGAUUCGGCAGCCACGCCGUGGAGAGCUUCCGAUCGAUGUGCCUUGAGGGAGGAUUCCCAAACCAGGUCUCCUACUUGGCGCUUCUCAUAGCUUGCAACCACAAGGGCCUGUCCUUCCAAGGAUUGUCCAGCUUCAGCCUCGACUUUGGCGUGGCUCUCUCCGUGGAGCACUACUGCACCAUGAUCGACGUGCUUGGGCGAUCUGGAGAGCUCACUGGAGCGACGGAUCUUGUAAACAGCAUGCCUUACUUGCCUGGAGCAGUCGCCUGGGGAUCUCUCCUCGGUGCUUGCACAGUUCAUAGUAGCGUCAAGCAAGGCGCCGUGGCCGCUGAGAACCUGGCCAAGAUGGAGAAUGGUCCGGCACAAGUUCUCUACUCCAAUAUCAUCGCCACUGCUGCUGUACCGCCGUCUUUCGUUCUCGACACAAGCCGCCUGGGGAACAACGAACGAUUCAGCGUGCCGAACAGAGCUUUCGGUUGGCUUUCGGCAGUAACGACGAGCUGUGCGCUGUGUGCGCUGGUCCUUCCUGAGUUCCUGACUGCAGCAUAA